AUGGUGUCCCGAGAAGGACUUGAUUUGUCAUUUCUGGCUUUGAAGGUGGAGGAAAGGGCUACUAAUCAAGGAAUGAAGGCAGCUUCCAUGACCUACAAUAGGAAAAUAAUACAGGGUCCUGUAGAGGACAGAGGUUCAGUGCUUGAUGGAAAAAUCAGGCAGCAGAAGGUGGAUGAUGAUGACAGCUGUGGACUAAGGAUGGAGGCCUUGCUUUGCCUUAAAGCCGUGGACCGCUUGGGUGCUGCAGUGUGCACUAAGGCUCAUACCUCUGCCUCAGUCAUCUUACGUGGGGUGAAUGAUUUCAUGUGUGACCAGAUGGCGUGCUCUUUACAUGAUGCUCUUCGUGUGGUAAGAGUUUUGGAGUCAAAAUCUGUGAUUCCGGGUGGAGGCGCUGUAGAAGCAGCCCUUUCCAUAUACCUUGAAAACUACGCAACCAGCGUGGGCUCCCGGGAACAGCUUGCUAUUGUGGAAUUUACAAGAUCUCUUCCUGUUAUUCCUAAUACUCUGGCAGUUAAUGCUGCCCAAGACUCCACAGAUCUGGUUGCAAAAUUAAGAACUUUUCAUCAUGAGGCUCAGGUUAACCCAGAACACAAAAAUCUAAAAAGGAUUGGUCUUGCCCUGGUCAAUGGUAAACCCCGAGACAACAAACAGGCAGGGAUGUUUGAACCAACCAUAGUUAAAGUUAAGAGUUUGAAAUUUGCAACUGAAGCUGCAAUUACCGUUCUUCGAAUUGAUGAUCUUAUUAAAUUACACUCAGAAUGCAAAGACAAUAAGCAUGGAGGUUAUGAAGAUGCUGUUCACUCUGGAGCCCUUGAUGACCUGAUUUCUUUUAUUUACAACAAUCUUAGAUGCAAUUUUCUUGUACCUCGAGUAUUACACAUUAAAGUGCAAAUUAAGCGGUCAAAAAACAAAAAGAAAAGAAAAUGUUCUUAUUUUGAGUUGGGGACACAAAGGAGGAAACCUCAUUAUACGUGCAGCAGAGAGGGAUUAGUAUCUAAAUACCUGUUUUAGUAGAGAUCCUAGCAUAUAGUAGGUACUAAAUACAUGUUAAUAUUUGUAUGAAUAAAAUCUGGGCUCUAUAUGA